GAUAGCUAAAAUGGACGGUAAACUCUACAUCGCCAUAUUUCUUGUUAUCUGCCUGGCAUGGAAUGUACAUGCACAAGUGAACUGCACGUCAACAGGCGCAGGUCGUUUUGCGGAUCCAAAUGACGCAACUUGUAAGAACUACACUCUCUGCGUCGCGGUGAACCCCACCACUGGACAAUUUUUGUCCUACAACUACGUCUGCCCAACCACAUCGCUGUUCAACCCCGCAGUGUCGCAGUGCACAACUAAUUACGUUUGCAACGCCACAACCACCGCUAACACCACCACAUCAACAGUAUGCACUGCGGAAGGCUUUACGCAGGAUCCCACUUCAACAAACUGUUCAAGCUACAUACAGUGUCUGUUAGAUAAUGGAGCUUUUGUAGAAUUCCCUAUAACAUGUCCCGAUGGUUCAUUUUAUAACCCGAUUUCCACUUUAUGUGAAACAACCUAUGUUUGUGGAUUUACGUGUACGGCCGCUGGCCGAUUUGCAGAUCCCUCGGUCACGACUUGUAGGAACUAUUACCUUUGUGUAUUAGCAACCAACGGGACGUACGCACAGUACUUGUACACUUGUCCGUCAACAUCGGUGUUCAAUCCUAAUACGCGUGUUUGUUCAACAGCUUAUACGUGUCCAACAUGAUUGAUAAAUUGAUGACUGGAAUUGUUUUAAUUUGUCGAUAUUUAUAUUUAUAAAAAUAUUAUGUUAUUUUUUCUUUCGGAAAUA